UCACGAAAUUUCGAUUGAUUCGUAUAAAAUUGAAUGUCCAAAGGUAAAAUUCCAAAUAUAUCUCACUCCAAAAGAUCCUCUACUCCAAAAAGACUAUUACAAAAAGAACGUCUCAUCUCUAUCCACUUCCAUUCGUUUCUGCACUCGGUUGAUCAGGGCGAAAUUUUGAACGGCUCCUCUCGGUGGAAGGAAGCAACAGAGAGGAUUUUCCAUCGGCAUGGCAUCGGGAGAAGCCCGAGGGAGUUGCGCGCGCUUGUGCAACGAUUUUCCGCACCUCAAUCGGCGAGCGUACGUUCAGUCGGUGUGACGCGUUCGUGAACGGUGCGCGGCCACCACGCGCCUCUCAUCCGUUUGGCGUGGCUCGACGCGUGUUUAUCUCGAUUACACAGGUUUACACAUGAUAUGACCCAGUCCCGGGAGGUUUUGGCGAUGAUGGACGCGCACACAACAACGUUCGGACGUAAAAGAGGGUGCACAGUCUCCCCUUGCGGCGCUUUCCUUUUGGGCGCUGCCUUCCUCAUAUCCCUGGUUGUGACUGGACUAUUGGUUUACCAUCUCGCCCCAUGCCUCGAGGAGAAACUCGACAAAUCGUGCAGCGAUGUGCCCAUCUCGACAUCAGGCCGUGCUUUUCCCACUGACACGUUUGGAAAGAAAAAAUUGGACGUCAGAUUGCCGCGAUCCAUAGUCCCGGUCUCUUACGAGCUUAGGCUCAUACCGUUCAUACAAGUUGGCAACUUUACGUUCAAUGGCGAGGUGAAAAUCUUGGUAAACGUGACGGAGGACACGGACAAGGUGACGUUGCACGCAGUGGACAUGAACAUCGACGAAAGUUUUACGAAUAUAAAAUCUUAUUCGGCCGUGAAAUCUGGGGAGAAGGUGGUGAAAAUCGUGGAGCAGAGGAACGACACCGAGCGCCAGUUUUACGUGAUUAGAACGUCGGACACGUUGAAGAAGGGCGCGCAAUACAAUGUGAAUCUAAAGUUUGUCGGCCAUCUGAACGACUACUUGCAAGGCUUCUACAGGAGCUCGUACACGGUUGGAAGUGAAACGAGAUGGAUUGCGACGACUCAAUUCCAGCCAACGGAUGCGCGACGCGCGUUUCCGUGCUUCGACGAGCCGGCGCUGAAAGCAACGUUCAAGAUCAGCAUUGCGAGGCCCAAGAACAUGACAUCCAUCUCGAACAUGCCUCGAAUGGGAGAGCCCAUGCCAGUGCCCGGUUUACCGACAUACGUGUGGGACCAUUAUGAACCCUCUGUGCCAAUGUCCACUUACCUGGUCGCCUUCAUUGUUUCGGACUUCGAGAUGUUGAAAUCGGAAUCCGGGAAGUUUAGAGUCUGGGCACGAAGCGAGGCCGUCCAACAGGCACGGUACACUUUGGACAUUGGCCCGAAAAUACUUCGAUAUUACGAGGACUAUUUCAAAAUUAAAUUCCCCCUGCCCAAGAUGGACAGCGUUGCUCUCCCCGAUUUUUCGGCUGGAGCUAUGGAGAAUUGGGGCUUAAUCACUUGCAGAGAGACCGCUAUGCUGUAUCAAGAAGGUGUCUCGACUAGCAGCAAUCAGCAACGAGUGGCCACAGUCAUAGCACACGAACUUGCUCAUCAAUGGUUUGGUAACUUGGUAACUCCAAGUUGGUGGUCGGAUCUAUGGUUGAACGAAGGCUUUGCCAGUUACAUGGAAUACAUCGGUAUGAACGCGGUGGAACCAACGUGGAAAGUUUUGGAGCAAUUUGUCGUGCAUGAUCUGCAAAACGUGUUUGGUCUGGACGCAUUAGAAUCCUCGCAUCAGAUAUCGGUUAAAGUCGAACAUCCCGACGAAAUUAGCGAAAUUUUCGACAGAAUUUCUUACGAGAAAGGUGCUUCCAUAAUAAGAAUGAUGGAUCAUUUCCUCACUACCGAUGUGUUCAAGCAAGGUUUAACUAAUUAUUUGAAUGCAAAAGCUUAUCAGAGCGCCGAGCAAAACGAUCUUUGGGAUGCUCUUACGAAACAAGCGCACAAGGAUAAAGUCCUCGAUUCCGCGGUAACGAUAAAGGAAAUUAUGGAUACCUGGACCCUCCAAACUGGUUUUCCAGUGGUAACGGUUAUUCGAGAUUAUAAUAACGGUGCAGCGACGUUGACACAGGAACGUUUCAUGCUUCGUAACGGUACUAUGGUGACCACGUCCAACGUCGAGCCACUUUGGUGGAUACCUAUCACGUACACGACCGAAAGUCAAUUAGACUUCAAUACAACCCAACCUUCUCAGUGGAUGAAAGCGGAAAAAUCGAUCACGUUGACCAAUUUGAAUUGGAAUUCCUCGGAGUGGGUUAUCUUCAAUAUUCAAGAAACUGGAUACUACAGAGUGAACUACGACAAAACGAAUUGGCAACUGAUAAUCAAGCAAUUGAACAGGAAUUCGUUCGGCAAUAUUUCAACGAUCAAUCGCGCCCAAUUAAUAGACGACGCGCUCAAUUUGGCAAGAGCCGGAAAGUUAGACUACGCCACUGCGUUGAGCGUCACAUCGUAUUUAGCUCACGAGACUGAGUACUUACCAUGGAAGGCUGCUUUCACUGCCAUGCACUAUUUGGACAGCAUGUUGAUCAAGAUGCCGAGCUACGAUCAAUUUCGAGUAUACGUUUUGAAACUGCUUGACAACGUGUACAAACAAGUCGGUUUCACGGAUAACGUCGGUGAUCCCCAAUUGACAGUUUUCACCCGCAUCGACGUUCUAACAUGGGCAUGCAACUUUGGCCACGAGGAUUGCGUGCAAAACGCAGUGAAACAGUUUUACAAUUGGCGCUACACGCCCAGUCCAAAUGUGAAUAAUCCAAUAUCGCCAAAUUUGAAGAUGGUCGUCUAUUGUACGGCGAUUCGAUUCGGUGGACAAGUGGAAUGGGAUUUCGCUUGGCAAAGAUACUUGGAAACGAACGUCGGUUCCGAGAAGGAUUUGCUUCACCACGCGCUCGGCUGCACCAGAGAAACGUGGCUGUUGAGUCGUUACUUGGAUUGGACGAUCACGAACAAUUCAGGAAUUAGAAAACAAGAUGUCAGCCGUGUUCUUAAUUCCAUUGCCAGCAAUCCUGUUGGCCAACCGCUAGCUUUCAACUUCCUCAGAAAUAAAUGGGCGAGACUCCGAGAAUACUUCGGAACAUCGUUAUUAACCAUAAAUAACAUAGUGAAAUCAGCCACGAGAGGUAUCAAUACCAAAUAUGAUCUCAAAGAUCUAAUGGAAUUCACCAAAGAGCACAUAGGGGAGUUCGGAAGUGCCACAAGAUCGGUGCAACAAUCGAUAGAGCAAUCGGAAGCCAACAUACGAUGGGUGGAAGCCAAUCACGCUACAAUUCAAGAUUGGUUGAAGAGAUAUACCGCGUAG